UGGGUGGAAAUCAGGAGGCUAGUUAAAUUUAAGCAAGCUAAAAUGUGAAAACAGUGUGAAACACAUCUUUAAUGUUAUUUUGUACAUCAUACAGGAAUGGGUAACAUACCUGUCAUUCAUGAAUGCUGUUAUUAGCUGUCUUUAUGAUGAGAUAAUUGAUACUAUUGUGACAUCAGAGAUAUUUGCUUUAUAUGAGUAGGUAACUUGAUAUCCCACUCCAUGAUAAAAACAUUGAGGAUGCUGGAGAGAAUUUUUGGACAUUAGAGAAUGGAAGUAACCAGAAGACAGAAAAGUUAUGUAGUAACUAGCUUCAUAAUUUCUAUUCUUUAGCAAGUCUUGGAGGAUGAAUUAUGACAGGGAUGUAGCAUGCAUGGGAGAGCCAAUUAGUGCAUAUAAGAUUUUAAUUGGAAUACUCGAAGGGAAGAGUUCUUUUGGGAAACAUAGUCUUAUGGUGUGGAAUAGUAAAAUAGAUAUUAAAGAAAUUAGUUGUAAUGCUGUGGCUUUGAUAGGAUGGUGUAGACUGGUAUCCAGUGGUGGGCUGUUGUAAUCAUAGUAAAUGAGUAACCUUCAAUUUCCAACUCAGAAACUAUCAGCUUCUCAAGAUGGAAUCUGCUGUAUGGAAUUAAUUGGAUAUUUUACCACUUGCUUUAUUGUCUUUAUGAUUGUAACAAGAUGUCGUAUGUGCCCAGAUGUAUGAGUUACGUAUUGGGUUUGUCAGAAACAGUUUUUAAUCUAGUGAAUAUUGCAGUAUAUCUAAACAUAUAGGUAGAUCUUCAGGGGUACGUGAUGUCCAGCUUCAGUUAAAAUUCCAUAAAUUUAAGAAAAUCAGUUUUGUCAUGUGUUUUUUCUUUUACUAAGUGGUGAUUGUGCACUGAUGCAGGACUCGUGUAAAACUAUAUAUGGCAUUUUCCACAAUUGAACUAAUAAAAUUUUUCUCAAGGUUAAAGUCUGUUGCAGGUUUCCCAGAUUUACAGGGUAAUUUCUGAUUUUACAUCUGUUAAUUUCCUGCUCAUUUAGUGUUCUUUGUUACUACAUUCUCCUUUAUCAAGAAUGCGUUAUUUUUUCGAUAGGACAUGUACCAUCCAAAUGCUGGAGUACCACCUCAAAUGCAGCAGCCACCCAUGGGGCCACAGGGUCCUGCUGCCAGUUACCCGUCACCUCAUCAGCACAUGGGUCCACAGCAACCACCACAUCCAGGCAUGCAGUCACAACCUGCGAGACGUCUUGAUCCUGAUCAUAUGCCAAGUCCUGUUCAGGUGAUGGAAGAUGACCAACGCAAUAGGUCAGGAAUUUUCUAUACAAAUCAGAAGGGGAUGGUACCACCUCUUGUCACUACAAACUUCAUUACCCGAGAUGAAGGCAAUGCUAGCCCUAGAUAUAUUCGUAGCUCAAUGUACAAUAUUCCAGCUACCAUUGAUAUGAUGAAGCAAGUUGCUGUGCCAUUUGGUCUUGUAGUUAGUCCUCUAGCUCGGACGUUAGAUGAGGAAUAUUUGCCACCAAUUAUAAACAUGGGAGAAAUUGGUCCUGUUCGGUGCAACAGAUGUAAAGCGUAUAUGUGUCCGUUCAUGCAAUUCAUUGAUGGAGGGAGACGUUUCCACUGUCUUUUCUGCAAAGCCACUACAGAAGUGCCUCCAGAGUACUUCCAGCAUUUAGAUCAUACAGGUCUGCGGGUGGAUCGGUUCGAGAGACCAGAGUUGAUACUGGGAGCAUUUGAAUUUGUUGCCACAGAAGAUUAUUGUAGGAACAACACAUUCCCCAAACCUCCAGCACUCAUCUUUUUGAUCGAUGUGUCUUAUAACAACAUAAAAUCUGGACUGGUUCAUCUUCUUUGUAGCCAAAUAAAAGAAAUUGUGAAACUUCUACCCAAGGAUGAAGGAGCCGAAAAGUCUAAUAUGAGGGUCGGUUUCAUCACCUAUAAUAACACGGUGCACUUUUACAAUAUUAAGGGUUGUCUUGCUCAGCCACAGAUGAUGGUGGUGGGGGAUGUACAGGGCAUGUUUGUGCCUCUACUGGAGGGUUUUCUGUGUGAUCCCACUGAAUCUGAGGCGGUUAUUGAUAGUCUGAUGGAACAGAUACCGACCAUGUUUGCUGACACUCGUGAGACAGAAACAGUACUGGCACCAGCAAUCCAGGCUGGUCUUGAAGCUCUCCAGGCCUCAGAAUGUGCUGGGAAGCUGUUAGUAUUCCAUUCUUCUUUGCCAAUAGCUGAAGCUCCGGGAAAACUGAAAAACCGGGAUGACAGGAAACUGCUUGGCACAGAAAAGGAAAAAACAGUGUUAGCACCACAGGGGAAUGUAUACAGCAGCCUGGGCCAGGAAUGUGUUGCUGCUGGAUGUAGUGUUGAUCUCUUUGUGUUCAACAAUUCUUAUAUUGAUUUGGCCACCAUUGGUCAAGUAUCAAGAUUAUCCGGUGGAGAAAUCUACAAGUAUACAUAUUUUCAGGCUGAUCUGGAUGGCGAACGACUCAUCGCAGAUAUCAAACAUGAUGUGAGUCGUCCAGUUGCAUUCGAUGCCAUCAUGAGAGUGCGCACGUCUACUGGUGUUAGGGCGACUGAUUUCUAUGGUCACUUCUUUAUGUCGAACACAACGGAUAUGGAGCUUGCCAGUAUUGACUGUGAUAAGGCUCUCACCAUAGAAAUAAAACAUGAUGAUAAGCUUACAGAAGAAGAUGGAGUGUAUAUCCAGGUUGCUCUGCUUUAUACGUCAUGCGGGGGUCAGAGACGCAUCCGCAUCCUCAAUCUGUCACUCAAGACGUGCACGCAGAUGUCUGACCUUUAUCGAUGUUGUGACCUGGAUACCAUUAUUAACUUUAUUGCUAAACAAACCGUGUUCCGACUGUUGGAGUCAUCACCAAAAUCAGUCAAAGAAAACCUGGUAAAUCGAUGUGCACAGAUGCUGGCUUGCUACAGGAAGAACUGUGCUAGUCCAACUUCAGCGGGACAGCUUAUCUUGCCUGAGUGCAUGAAGUUGCUGCCACUUUAUGUUAACUGCGUUCUCAAGAGUGAUGCAGUUUCAGGAGGAUCUGACAUGAAUAUUGAUGACCGAUCAUUUAUAAUGCAAGCAGUUACAAUAAUGGAUAUUCCAUCAUCUGUCGUGUUCUUUUACCCACGACUUAUCCCACUUCAUGAUAUCGAUGUUGAUUCUGAUGAACUGCCACCUUCCAUCCGCUGCACGUCAGAUAAGAUUAGAGAUGACGGUGUGUACUUGUUAGAGAAUGGCAUCCACUUAUUCUUGUGGAUUGGGCUGAAUGUAGAUAUGGAAUGGAUACAGAAUGUGUUUGGUGUUCAAUCAGCUGCUCAGAUUGUUAUUGAUCGUACAUCAUUGCCCGUGCUAGAUAAUGCUCUUUCAGUAAGGAUAAAAUUGGUCAUUGAUUCUGUUCGCAAGGAGAGACAUCGAUGCAUGAGGUUAACACUGGUAAGACAAUGUGACAAGUUGGAGAUGGUGUUCAAACAUUUCCUGAUGGAGGAUCGUGGCAUGGACGGCACAGCAUCAUAUGUAGAUUUCUUGUGCCAUAUGCACAAGGAAAUACGCAAUCUGCUCAGCUAGAAGCAUGUUACAGUUAACAGCCAGCAACAUGGUAACGUGAACAAAUCCAGAACCUGAGGCUGUAAUGCUCCAAAGGGUCACUAAAUUGGCAGCAGUCAUUAAUUAAAAAAUACGACAAUGACUGUCACCAUUUUCUUCAUCCCGUUGUAGUUUGUCAUGGCCUGUACUGAAGAGCAACACCAAAUUUGUCACUGGUGGCAGAGACAGAGUGACGUGUUGCAGCUUCGAUCUUUUCAUUUACUCUGUAUAUUCUCUGCCUAAGAAGACAACCAAACAAACAUUACAGGGAACGGGACUGCGAUUUUGCAUAGUACUGAAAUAAAGCUAUCUUUUUAUUAAUA